CGCACCGGGGCCCCUCGGGGCUACCGGACCUCAGCCGAGCUCGGACCCAGCAACCCCGCUCCCGGCCCCGGCUUCCCCCCGGCUGGGUCCCGCUCCCGGUCCCGGUCCCGGCCCGGCGCGGGUUAAGGCCGGCGCCCACAAUUCCUCGCGGCCCUGCAACGUCGCCGGCCGCGGCGGGGGCAGCGGCUGCGCCGUGAGGCGCCGGGCGGGACCGGGCUUACCGGGGGUGCCGGGGCCGGCUUCCCGAAAGGAGAAGCCGCGCUGUGCUCGCGGGGAACCUGGCCAUGUACUGAGGCAGCUCUCCGGGACUCGCCGCGGAUCCGGCUUGCUCGGUUCACGGUUAGCCUGAAAAUAUCCUGAAAAUAUCGCCAGCCCCUCGUCCUCUGGGGAGCUUAUGGUAAGGUGGUGGUGGGUCUGAGAACACAGGACUGCAGGCCUUUGGUAACGGAUUUAUUGCCACGUCAAUAUAUAUAUAUACGUAUAUGUGAAUAUCUAUGUAAUAUAUAUAUAUUAAAGUGAACUGUUAAUAUAUAAACAUAAAUAUAUGUAUGAGUGAAUCGUGCCUGCACCAUGGAAUUUGGUUAAAAACUUCCUUCAGCCAGCAAAGCCCCUGUGGUCUUUUCCCCCGGUGGGACCCGCUGGGAUCCCUGAGGCACGCGAAGUCACGCAGGCGGCAUCGCACGCUUGGUGAAUCACGGAGCUCGUUGCAGGCCAGCUGUGUGAAUUUGCUGCUGUAUCGGAGGAGCAAAGUCCCUUUACAGCUCCCUUCGACUUACGUGUAUGGUGCCACUCCUGCCUUUAUGCGUGCUUUUAGGGAACUAGACGUUCCUCAGAUAGAAGCUCCUGUGGUGCAUGUGUAAUUUUGCUCUGGAAUUAUAGAAUCGUUAAGGUUGGAAAACACCUCCAAGAUCAUCUGGUCCAACCAUAAUCAGGUUGUUUGAUGGGGAAAUCACAGCAUGAGACCAAUCGGUCUGAAGCUGGAUGUUUCCACCUUGCAAUCCUUAGUCCAAAAUACUGAUAUUUUCAGUGAAAACUUAUUCCUAAAUUAACGUUUUGUUUACUGCUCGUGAGCAUUUACAUCAGAUGAAAAUGCUCAAUACAUAUUUAGGCCGUCCACCAAGUUGUUACUUGGACUUUUACUGCCUGAAAGUUAAGCUGCUGUUAAGGGACGAUGGGCCUGGUCAUCUCUGUGGCUCAGGUCAACUGUGAUAACUUGAUCGCUUUCAAUUUUGUGGUAAAAUAAAAUUGAAAGUAGGCUAGGCUCUAAAACAGUUACGUGCUCUUAUAAAACUUAGAACUUGAGUGUUUUUUUUUUUCCCCCCCACAUCCUUGUCCCACUUCCUUUCAUUCCCAAAUGAUGGGGUAGAAGAAAGGUGAGAAGCUGAUGGCCGUAGUUACCGUCUCCUAUUCAUGGAUGAAGCGGUCUGGGUGAAGCUCUGCCAUCCCACCAGAGACACCUGGGGGCUUGAUUAGGGAAGCUCGUGUUUUAGGGAUGGGCAUGUGUUCAAUCUGAAGUUGGCCAAAGGUCUUUUGAUAAAAGGAUUUCAUUCAAAAAAGCAAAAAAAGCAGUUGUUUCCUCUGUCAGCUUGGAGGGUAAUUUUACUGAUUCAUCAUUAAUUACAGUAACCUUUUAGGUCUAAAACAAUUCUUUCACAAUUUAUCUGUUUUUGUUGAAUAGAAGUUAAUUGAAAUAGAAAGGUAGCGUUAUCUGAACUUCAGUGAAAGCACUGUCCCUUAAGUUAUACAGAAUUAACUGCUUGUCAACAAAAUGUUUACAAAGGAAUAAGUUCUUUAGAUAGAGGCGGUGAGUUCUGCCGCAGAUAACUUCCGCUUUUAAUUGUAGUAAUGCGUAGAUAAGGUUUUGAGGAUAUUUCUUUCCAAACCGUGUUGUCUUAGCUGGUGAUGCGUAUAAUUGUAUUUGCGCUGUUCUAUUGCACUGCUGUGGCUGGGAUUCACAGGAAAUCUGUUUCGCUUUAGAGAUGUCUAAUAAAUUGACACUGUCACAUUCUACAAAUUUAAUGGUAGUUUUCUUACUUGUACGGUUUUACUCUUUUUUUUUAAAGUCUUCCUUUUCUAAAUAAAGAUAUAUUCUCCCUCCUUCCUCUGCUGGGUUGCAGUAAUUGUUUGUAACACUUAAUCAUUUAUGUUUUAAAAUUACUGCACGGUUAUCAAUCCUUUUUAUAAUUUGAGAACUAAGGACUUUAGUUAAAUAGCACAGUGAACAAAUGGCAAACGCUUGCGUAGAAGUGAAGAUGCUUCUGCCUCUCAGACCAGGAUUUGAUAGAAACGCUGACCUGUUAUUUUUUGCAUUGUGUCUUGACUGACCAGUACGCUUGGGGUUCAGUAGUUGGUGCUGUUCCUAGUCAGCCUGGUGACUUCUGUGUGUUUUAUUACAUCUUAGAGGUUCCUUUAUGGAGUAGAAAUGGAAAAAAAUCAACUGGAAGUAAAAAGGAAGGAGAGAUGUUAUUUAAAAUUCAUUUAAAUAUUGUACUACUGAAUAGCUGGAAAUGUGAAUUCAUUUUUUAUCUUAACUUGCAGUUUGUGCUGCAUCCUGCACUGCAUUUCUUUCAAUCAUGAGUGUUUUGUGUCCUUUGUUUUUUCCAGGCUAUAUACUGUGAGUCGCAUCUCUUUCUUAAUGUGAAUUUUAUCUGUAGCUUACCAUUGCUCCCUGCUGCUGCGUUUCAUGCUUUGUAACAAAUAGAGUAAGGUGAUGUCUGCCAGCCAGAGAUGACUUGCUGGAAUUAAAAUUCUGUUUUGUGUAAGAGACCCCAGUAAUUGCCUUAUUUUGUUAGAAUUUCCUUGAUAAGGAAACUCAAUCCUUCUGGUAAAUUAAGAUUUUUUUUGUGUGUGUCUUCUAGUAGGGUGUUCUUUUAGCAAUGUGUUCAGCACUAUUAAGUGCAAGAGUCCCUGUUAUUCUUUGCUUAGGUCAGUUUAUUUGUAUGCAUAUGAUUCCAUGUAAUCAUGAAUGAUAAAAAAAAAGUGCUUUCAGAAAGGGUGCUGGAUGGCUCUGGAAGCAGCGUCAGUGUCUGUUUUGGUGGGACAUAUGCCAUAGAAGGAAGAGUUUCCACGUUUAUCCUCCCCCUGCCUUUUCAGCUAUGGCUGAAUUAUAGCUUUCCAGCAAGUGAGGUAGGAUGACUAAAAUUCCCCAAACCGUAUGAAGUAAAUGGAGAAGUAGGAUUGUGGGUUUUUCUUUUUUUUUCUUUUUUUUUCCUGUAAUUGAUUAUGAUUCAGUGGUUUUGUUUGUAAGCUCUUUUUCGUAGAGAUCAUGCUUGUGUAGCGCUGAACAUCGUACCAGUAUCGUACCCUUUAACAUGACUCACAUUUUGUUUUUUCCUUUGUAGAAUCAUGGCAAGUCCAAGAACAAGGAAAGUUCUUAAGGAAGUCAGAGCACAAGAUGAGAAUAAUGUCUGUUUUGAGUGUGGUGCAUUUAACCCCCAGUGGGUGAGUGUGACCUAUGGAAUUUGGAUCUGUCUCGAGUGCUCAGGAAAACACCGAGGCUUGGGAGUUCACCUCAGUUUUGUACGCUCUGUAACCAUGGACAAAUGGAAGGAUAUUGAGCUGGAGAAAAUGAAGGCUGGAGGUAACAGCAAAUUUCGAGAAUUCUUGGAGUCUCAAGAUGACUAUGAUCCCUGCUGGACAAUGCAAGAGAAGUACAACAGCAAAGCUGCAGCUCUUUUUAGAGAUCAGGUUGCUACAGUAGCUGAAGGCAAGGAGUGGUCCAUUGAAACUUCUCCAGCCAGGAACUGGACGCCACCUCAGCCUAAAACAUCUCUCUCUUCCACUCAUCGUAGUUCUGCUGGACAACCUCAGAAUGUAACUGCCUCUUCUGACAAGGCUUUUGAAGACUGGUUAAAUGAUGAUGUCAACUCCUAUCAAGGUGGGCAAGAGAAUCGCUACGUGGGGUUUGGAAACACAGUAACCCCUCCAAAAAAAGAGGAUGACUUCCUGAAUAAUGCUAUGUCUUCACUGUACUCUGGAUGGAGCAGUUUUACAACUGGAGCAAGCAAGAUUGCCUCAGCUGCUAAAGAGGGUGCUACCAGAUUUGGAUCUCAAGCAAGUCAAAAGUUUUGGGGCUACAAGCAGCAGCCAGAGCCGGCAUCAGAGUUAGGUCAGACAUUAAAUGAAAAUGUUCUCAAACCCGCACAGGAAAAGGUGAAAGAGGGGAAAAUUUUUGAGGAGGUCACCGUGGGGGUGUCACAGUUGGCCAGCAAGGUUCAGGGAGUUGGGAGUAAGGGAUGGCGAGAUGUCACCACUUUCUUUUCUGGCAAGCCAGAUGAUCAUUCUGAAAGACCAGCUGAGGGAGACAGCUACCAGAACAGUGGAGGGGAGGGCUACCAGAACAAUGCUGUAGAUCAAAGCUUCUGGGAGACCUUUGGCAACUCAGACCCACCGAAAGCUCAUAAAUCUCCAAGCAGUGAGAGCUGGACCUAUGUGGACAAUUCCACAGAGAAGAAGAGCUCCGAUAGCUGGGACGUGUGGGGCUCAGGAACAGUCUCCAACAACAAGAACAGUAACAGCGACAGUUGGGAAAAUUGGGAGACCAACUGGGAAAACACAGGAGGGGAGAGCAAGACCAAAAAACCUCCUAAGGCAACAAAAAAGGCAUCUUCAGCUGAUGAUGGGUGGGAUAACCAGAACUGGUAGAACUGUUAACCCUGUUUUGCACAGCUAGGGAAGGGAAACUGUGCUGGCUGAUUGAGGGGAGAAAGUUUUACACACAGUUGGAGUAUCUUCGUUGACCUUAAUGAUUUGUUACUUUUUGUGCUUUCCAUUCAUUCUCCUUUCCUUCUAUCCCAGUUUAGGGGGGGAAAAAAAGUGUCUGAAUCUUUUAUUACAUGAAGAUGGUUCUUCCAGUUUUAAGGGUAGUGAUUAAAUAUAUAUUCUCCUUGCACUAUUGAAGCUGGGUACACUGACUUUAACAGCAACGUUCAAAAGAAAAAAAAAAAUCAGUGCAAGCACACUUUCAUGCCACAACCUUGCAUGUGUAAGUUCACAGGUACCCAUCCAGUCUUCAUAUAAUUUGAGGUGACCUGAGGUGUUUAGUGCAAAUAAAGGACAGGCUGUAUCUUGAGAAGAUAGCCUUUAAAAAAGCAGACUGCAGUUGAAUAGAUCUAGUUCAAAUGCCUUAUGGAUUGCUGUGACAGUGUUAGGUCUGGCAAUUCAAAACGGUCUUUAAGAUACUUUUUAUUGGAGCUUUUUUUUUAAACUUUUUGAGAUUUUUAGACUUCACAAGUUAUUUUCUCCCCUUAGAAUUAGUAAGGAGUCUAGAGCUAGAUGAUUAUUUGUGUAAACUCAUCGUUCUGACAGCCUAUCAAGGGAUAUUCAGAAUGGCUGCUCCUUGCACUAUGUAAACUCUUAACCCUUAAGCAAGAAGAGCAGCUCUCCUACACAGAUAUAAUGCAAUGGUAUGUGUUCUCCUUCCUUGUCUACACCCUUCCCACAGUUUGAGUAUUUUGUAGGGUCUGUCUUUUCUCUUUCUUCCUUCUACCCAUCUAUUUUAUCUAUUGUGAUAAAAAUGAAAUCUUUCUGCUGCUCGUGGCCUUUUAGACAUCUGUUUGGCAACUUGGCAGUGAAACAGCUUUAUUUAAAAAAAAUCUAGUAAGGAAAAAAUGCAUGGAAAAUAUGAGACCAUUGAGGAGAGAGGCUGGCAGCAAGCCCCUUUCAAGAUGAGUAGAUGUCUGGAUUUAAUAGUAAAGCUUAAUUUAAACAGAUGUUUUCCAAAUUAAUCUUUAAUAUGUCAAACUGUGUCUCUCUCUGUCAUGUACUUCUCCACGUUUUCUUCCUGGACCUUGUUAUAGAAAUACUAUUUUGGAAACUUCAGAAACUCCUUGUCAGCAUUAAGGGAUGGAAUAGAAGAUUCAGUUGUCUCAGUUUUGACCCAGCAAACUGCUUUGCAUGAUACAAAUCAUAACAUUUACAGAAGAUCUGUGACUCCUUUUAACAAUAAUGGUGUCCUGUGUAUUCCCUUUUAUUUUGGGGGGUGGAUUGUAAACGUGCACUGCCUGAAAAUAAUCAACUCACUUAAACUUUAAAUCAUGAUAUCAUUACAUAGUCUGUAUUGGUAGCAGCAUGGAGUUCUUUACUGUGGACCUUUUAAGUCUUUGUACCUAUCCAAAAAGCCUUUCAUUUUGUAAAUUAGUUUAUUGCUCAAGCAAUUGAUUGACCCAAGUUGUUGAAAUUACCUCAAAUGAUGUUCCAUUUUUUUCCUUGUUAUAGAGGUUUUCAAUCAUAUGAUAAUAUCAGAUGCCAAAAAGUAAUAAUAAUCAGCAGAUUAAAAAAAGCGAAAAGGUGAAAGAGAAGGGGAAUCAUGAAUCGCCCCCAAAAGCAGCAGCUAUUAAAGGCUUGCAGUCUAAGUGUCUGUAGCCUGAUUCUGUAUUCUUUUAGUAUGAUCUCUCAGAUGGUCAACAAAAUAUUUUUCUGGUCUUCUCUAGCCCUGUCCUGUUAGGAUUAUUUUUCUUUCCCCCCUUGCUUCUAUUGAUACAGUGGUCUCCGAAGCUCGUGCAGCGGGACGUGGUGCUGCUCGUGACCCAGGCACUAGUUUAGGCUGAGCCAUGCGAGUUUCCUGAGGCAUCCUUGCUGACAUGCCGGCCCUUUGGGAGCAGAAGAGGCGUGAGAGAUCUCAGUUUACAAUGCUGCUUGUGGUGCCAUUGCAGAAGUUUACAGCCUUGACUAUAACACAAGGAUUUUGUUCAGCUUUUUCUCCCGUUAUACCUUUGUUAUGGCUGAAUUGCAUGUCAAACGUAACUCAGUAUUUUUAUGCGUGUACCUCUGUUGCCUACUUGUCAUUUGUCUGCUGCACAGCACGGAUCUGUAAUGCACGUCUGUGAGGCGGUGCUGCAGGUCCUGGCUAACAGUCCAACUCUGUUAAAUGACAGCAAAAUGCAUCUGAUGGGUUGCGUUGUCUGACUGCUGCUGUCUGUCUGGAGUGAUGCGAAGCUGAUUCAGCUUCCCGCGUACAAAUUCAGUGCGGUUUCUCUUUCAUAAACCUCCUGAAAUAGCUCGUAGCAGGGCAGGCUUUAUUUCAGUCCAGCGGUGUUUAUUUCAGUCGACAGUGGUGUGACGUGUUUGCGUAUGUUGCAGCUGUGUGGUGUGCCUAGGAGAAAACUGGUUUAUUUAUACAUCACUUGUAGCUAUGAUUGGUAUGAGCCUUUGGUUUGUUCUUCUGGAUUUAUUUCUGCAUUUUUGAGACUUUAUCUUCUACGUUAAAGUAAAUAGCCAGAGCCCUACUAAAGUAUUGCUUUGGGCAGUGAUUUUUCUUUCAGUUCAGGAGGCAGUGGCCAACCAGUUGCCUUCUCUCAUUGUUGUCUCUCCACAGGACUGCAAAAUGGUACAGCUCCCAGAAAGGUGCUAGUGGAAGAGGCUAAAAACCAAUAUAAUGGCAGAAGGUGUAACUGCAGCCACAAUGCUUAUGUACCAAGUGGUUUCAGUUUGAUGGGCAAAUCAGUAUUUUUUUAUGACUUGUCUGAAUCUGAAUGUUUUAUGAUGUCUCCCAAAGAAGGGGGUGGAAUGAGAGCAUUUUCUGUUACAGAGCGCCCGUUUUACUGGACUUUUUUCUUCUCUUCUUGUUUAAGAGCACAUAGUUCAGAAGCUUCUGCAGUUUGAAAUUAUGUAUGGAGGGAGCAUUUUUAAUUGGACUUUUUAAUCCCCCCUCCUCUCCCCAAUUGGUUUUUUUUCUUCUUUUCUCCUGAUUGCAAGCAUUGUAAACAGAGGCACUGGUUACAGCUUGCUGAGGCUGCCUGUCUAACUGAAGAUACAGCUGUUGAAUCUGAGUGAGUACAUGGAUUGGAAAAGCUUUGGUGUCGCUGUGUGCACUUCACCUUUUUGGUGGGUGAGCAGCUUUGCUUUCGUUUCAAUGCCACACCAUUUAGUAAGAAUUCUAAAUCGUACAAGCAAAUUGCCAUGGAGAGAGUGCAGUAGGUGAAACUGAUACCGGAACAACUGGACAUUGCAAGGUUGGAUUUAAAUUUCCUAAUGUUUCAAAUUGUUUUAUUCCUUUGUAUGGCUUCAUCUUUGGAAAAUACAGAGCAGCUGGAUUCCUGCAGGUAGACUGAAAUCAGGGAAACACCAAGACAUUCAUACUACAUGCUGCUUGCAGAGGAGUGAAAGACUGUGAGUGUUCCCAACCAGGAACUGGGGCUAAUCCUGGGGGUUAGAGAUUAUUUUAAAAUGUUUCACUGGUGUCUUGGUGCCUCUUAAUAAUCACUAUGUUUUCAAGAAGUGCUUGGCCUACUCUUCCUGCUGGUUUAGACCUCAAGGGUAAUGCUGCUGCUUUUGUUUUCCCAGCCAGACUAUGUAACAUUCCAUGGGUUCAUAAUGUAUUUAUGAGUGUAACGAUCUGUGCAAUAAUAUAACAAAUGUAGGUAUAACAUUUGUUGUUUAAUCCAGGAUACGCUUAAAGAUACAGUGGUCCUCUUUGAAAAUUGCAGUCAACCAAGGUAUUUCAGUUCUCACCUUGUUUUGGUGAUUUUAAAUUCCGCUAAUGCUGUCAAGGAAGGCUUGAGCCAUCAGUGAUUUAAAGAGAAAUCAAGAAACGUUAUGAUGCCCCUUAUCAGAGUUUGAUUGUCGUGGUUCACAGUGAUCUCUAGUCGUCGAGCCCUUUUUCGUUUUCAUGCCAGCAGAAACCUGGUCAGUAUGGAGUGCUGUAUCUUUAAUUUUCCUGAUGUGUUUUAUGUGAAGUUCACAGGAAUGGCAAUUUCAGUGAACACUAUUCAUUGUUCUGUAGAGUGGUACCAGGCUUGUACUGCAGUGUCAUCUUUUAAAGAGCAUUAUAAUAAAGCAAAAAGAUACGGA